AUAUUUGAAUAUCAGUAUUGAAAAAAAAAAAAGUAUGAAGAACUUUAAUAACAUAAUAUUAAAAAAGUUAUAUAAUAGAGUUUAUUCAACAAAACAGGUAAAAUGGGAUAUCAUGGCUAGUGUUUGUCUACAACGUAAACCAGUUAUUACAAAAUCAUUAACAGAUAUCGAGGUAAAUUAUCAAAAUAUUUUAAAAGAAAUUGAGUUUGAAAAAAGUCUAAAAUCAGACCAUGAGCUUCGUCAUGAAAAAGAUAUUUACAGAAUGGAAAAAUUAAAAAGUGGUACAGUUAUUGAUUUUGAUAGUAUGGAUCAAUCAUCUAGCCAAUCAGCACAAGAUUAUUUAGAUAAAAACAAAGAAGAACUUUUAAAAUUCAAAUUUGGUAGUCGUUUAACUGAAGCAGAUGAAAAAAACGAUAAUAAAUCAUUAAAACGUAAGUUAGAAGACAACUUGGUUUUAAUAAUAAAACAAAAGUUAGGACAUGAAGAUUUUUGGAUUUUACCUCAAGGUUUAUGGACAGAUGGAGAACAAUUAAGAGAGACAGCAGAGAGAAUAAUAAAAGAAUCAUGUGGUAAAAAUAUUAAUGUUAGAUUUUAUGGAAAUGCUCCAUGUGGAUUUUAUCAGUAUAAAUAUCCUAAAGAAAAACGAGAACAAUCUAAAAUCGAAGGAGCAAAAAUAUUUUUUUUCAAAGCAACAAUUUUAAAUGGAAAAGUAGAAAAAAAAGACAAUUGGUUAGAUUAUGAAUGGGCAACUUAUCAAGAACUCAAUAACAAACUUAAACAACCGUAUAUGAAAAAUGUGAAAUUAUUCUUGUCUAAUUAUAGUAUUUAAAAAAAUAUUAAUGUGUAUAGUACACAUAUAAAC